CCCUCCUGGUUCUAGUCUUCUUUGGUGGUGCAUAGAAGCUUCCGUACAUAGGCGCAUCCGUUGAGCAUGCCUUCAUGCUUUAUACUUUGACCUUUAAGUAGUGGGAAGCUUGUGAUUCAGCAUUAGCAGGCGGGGCAGAACAUUCUACCAUAAUUGCAUAUGUUUGUUUAAUUUUGUGGCUCUAGUCGCUUUCUCGCGGCGUAUUAUCCACUAUCAGUCACGGUGACUAUACUCAUGCAACGUAUAAUCACUGCUUUAAUAACGGUUUCGGUACACACGUUCUUGUACAUAAACAUGUGAUUGAAAUGUGACACAUUUUUCGUUUCAAAAAGAUAAUAGGGUAGUUACAUCAGAGAUGGAUCAAUUAAACUAAAAAACAAUUGUGGAAUGCAUAUUUACAAUUGCAAAAAAAAGGAAUGUUUAUCGAAGAUGGUGGGUUAAACCUCAUCUUCGGGAAAAUGUUAGAAGGCGGUAUGGUGCAUUUGCAACUCUAUUUUCUUAUUUUAAAGAAUAUGACGAAGAAGAAUAUUACAAACUGUUACACGUGACUGUUGACCAAUUUAAUGAUUUGCACAAACUAUUAAAAUCACGUUUGACAAAAAGUAAUAUUCGCCGGAGAUCAAUACCAUCGGAAAUUCGUUUGGCAAUGACAUUGCAGUAUUUUGCUCAUGGAGACAGCAUUGAAACGCUGUCAAAAUUCUUUUAUGUCGGGAGAUCAACUGCCUAUAAAAUUAUAGAAGAGGUUUCGUUGCACAUUUGGCAAGUUCUUUCGCGGAAAUAUAUGAAAAUGAAAAAAGUCGAAGAUUGGAUCCAGGAUGCAAAAAUGUUUGAGGAGAAAUGGGACUUUCCAAAUUGUGUUGGUGCCAUAGAUGGGAAGCACAUAAGAAUUUUCAUGCCCCCUCAUGCUGAAAGUUCCUUCUUUAACUACAAAAAAUUCCAUAGUUUUGUUUUAUUGGCGAUUUGUGAUGCUGAAUAUCGCUUCAGUUGGAUAGCAGUUGGGGAUUAUGGAUCUCUAUGUGAUGCCAGCGUUUUUCAGGCUACAUCGUUAGCACGACAUUUAAAUUCAAGAGCAUAUAAUUUGCCACCUGCAACACAUUUGCCAGGAACAGUCGAAAAAAUUCCACAUUUUUUCAUUGGCGACGAAGGAUUUGGAAUUAAACCCUACAUGAUGCGUCCUUACCAACGGAAUUCUGUGACUCAGCGAAAGCAAGAAAUUUUUAAUUACCGUCUUUCCAGAGCCACAAUGACGAUUGAGGACACAUUUGGCAUUAUGACUUCGAAAUUUCAAGUGCUCCAUAAACCAUUCUUUUUGAAGCUAAAGACUUCCAUCAACAUUGUGAAGGCCUUAACCUGUCUUCAUAAUUUUUUAAUCGAAGCAGAAAAGAGCAAACCAACAGAAGAUAGGCGUUAUUUGAAUGAAAAGGUGUUAAAUGAAUUGCACAAAAACGGUAGAUUUACACUAGAAGAAGAUGAAGAUGAGCCGAAUGAUGAUGAUGAUGACGACACGGAUAGUGACUUUGAUGAUGAUAAUGACAACAAUGGUGUACAAUGUGGCAGGAAUGAAGAAGAAGACAGGAUGAGAAGGAAUGAUGCUUAUAAUUCAAAGAAACCGAAUUCUGCAUUAGAACUCUUUUGCUUAAUUCACGUCCGUUUUAUCACGUUUUAUCAAUAUGAAACGGACGUGACUACAACCAAAACAAACCAAUCAACGGAAGUGAUAGAAGGAAAAGCGCUGUAUUGGAUGUGCGUCUGAAAAAACUUUAUUCGGUCAUUAGAAAUACAAAUUUAAUUAUGGAAUUUGAAAUUGACGAAGAAGUUGACGGAAAUUUAAUUAUUAUUCAUGGUGUCGAAAACCAUCCCUGCCUAUAUAAUAAACAUCUGAAAGAUUACCGAAAUAAUUUAAAAAGGAAACGCGCAUGGAAGGAAAUUGCUGAAACCUAUGAGAAAGAAACAGGCGAGAAAGAAAGUGUAGACACAAUAAAAGCCAGAUGGACUAGUCUACGAACAACUUUUGUCAAUGAGUAUAAUAAAUUAAAAGAAUAUACUCCCAGUGGAUCUGCAGCUGCAGAAAAUGAUGAAGAACCCUGGUUCUAUUAUUCAGACUGUCUUUUUCUGAUUGAGCACAUUGGCCAUAGGAGGUUAGAAAUUCAUUUAAAACAAUUUAUAUUACAAUGAAAUGAUAUUAAAAUGUACUAUGAAAAUAAUAAUAAAUGAUUUUUAUUGAUAUUUCAAAAUGGAUGAAAAUUUUGAUUUUUCGGACGACGAACCUGCUGACUCAGAUGAUGAAAAAAGUUUACAGAUAUCUGAACACACAGACAGUGACUGUAAUGAAGAUGAAAGCAUGAAUUUCGAACAAAAUCCAUCAUGUUCGAAUUUGACUGACAGCCCCUUCGAAUUAGGUGCAGAAAUUAAAAGAGACGAGAAAGAAGUUCUCCAAAAAGGCCAAGAAAUGAAUGAUUUAAUAACAUUUUUAUGUAACAAAGAAAACAAAGAUAAAUUAUUUGGCUACGAAAAAAUUUUAAUUAGCACUUAUCGAAAAUUAUCGGAAGAAGAUCAAGCUGAAGUUUUUGACAUAGUAAUGGACAUAAUGGAGGCAAAAUUAAAUGCCAGAAAAACCGAUAUUUCACUCGAUUAGAAAACUAGUUCAAACCUUCAAUUCUCAAUUGUUUAUACUUUUUGAAUUAAAUAAAAAGAUUAUUAAAACUUAA